AUGGCGCCAGGAGUUCACAAUUGCCCUCGUCGUGAAGUUCCUUCCAUCUCUUUCUCUGGAUCUGGAUUCAUGGCCACCUACCAGUUAGGGGUCGCCCAGUGCUUUGUGAACUAUGCACCCUGGAUGCUGCGCACAGCACCUUGUGUCUUGGGUGCAUCUGCUGGGUCUCUGGUAGCAGCUGCUGUAGCCUGUGAAAUGAGCCUAAUUACUAUUCGGGAUGAGAUGCUGCAUUUUGCCAAACAGAUGAAGGCUUUUACACUUGGACCAUUUAACCCCUCAGUCAAUGUUUUCCACUGGUUAGAGUGUAUUUUACGUAAACAUGUUCCUGAUGAUGCUUACAAACUGGCCAACGGGCGUCUUUCUGUGUCAAUGACACGGCUGUCUGAUGGCAAGCACAUCAUCAUGUCAGAGUUUCAGUCCAAAGAGGAUAUUGUGCAGGCUUUGCUAUGCAGCUGCUUUGUGCCUGUGUACUGCGGUAUGCUGCCCCCUUCCCUCAAAGGAGAAUAUUAUGUGGACGGGGGCUUCAGCAACAUGCAGCCAAUUCUGGCUGUAGCCAACGGUCAAACCUUGACGGUGUCCCCGUUCUCUGGAGAGAUAGAUAUCUGUCCCGCAGACACACCUUGCAUGUGGGACAUGGUGGUUAGUGGCACGGCC